AUGUGCUCGCUGAAUGUUGGGAUUUUGGGACAUGUGGAUUGUGGGAAGACAACAUUUACAAAGAGAUUCGCGGAAAUCGCAUCAACUUCCGCUUUUGACAAACAUUCGGAUGGCGGUGGAAGAAGAAACACUUUAGACUUAGGGUAAAUCUUAUCAUUUUAUGAAUUUAAAUUCAUAGUAAUUCUUUAGGUUUUCAUCGGUGAUGAUUUCUGGUCGAAGACUAGCUCUUGUAGAUUGUCCCGGUCAUGCUGCAUUGAUUCGCGCAGUCCUCGCUGCCAGCACUGUUUUCGAUAUGGCUAUUCUGCUAAUCGAUGCCAGAAAUGGAAUUCAGGCUCAAACCGCCGAACAUAUGCUACUUUGCAAGAUUUUCUGCCCCGAGAAAGUUAUAGUAAUUCUGAACAAGGUGGAUCUUCUUGAGGAGAAAGAAGUUUCACUUGAGCAAACCAAAAAAUCUAUUAGAAAAAGUUUGAAGCUUAUGGGAAUCUUGGAAAGCUCUCCAAUUCUUGAAAUGUCACUGGAUGAUCAGCAUUUUUGCGAAGAAUACAUGGAAAAUCUUCGGAAAACCAUAGAGAUGUUGAUAGAAAACUUCGAACCGCCCAGAAACACAAAAGAUCCUCUUCUGAUUGCUGUUGAUCACUGUUUUUCAAUCAAAGGAAAAGGAACAGUUCUAACCGGAACAAUAACACAAGGAACCCUGAAAAUCGGCGAAGAAAUCGAAUUCGCCAAUCUCAAAGAAGUUCGAAAAGUUAAAAGUAUCGAAUCCUGGAAAACAUCGCGCGAUAAAAUCGAAGCUGGGGAACGUGCCGCGAUUCUUGUCACCAAUUUUGAGGCGGCGCGAUUUUCGCGAGCAAUUGUUGCCGUUCCAGAAUAUCUAAAACCGAUGAAGGAGUGUUUGUGUGAUGUGGAACCGAUUCAAUUUUUUCGAUCUUCUUUGAGUUCGCGGACAAAGAUGCAUAUUUCUAUUGGAUAUGAGACUGUUAUGGCUGAAUGUCAAUUUUUGAGAAAAUCUGGGAUUUCUAAUAGUGGAGAGGACGAGUUUGAGCAGCUCGACAAAAUGGAAAUGCCGUGUCAAGUUUGGCUCAUUUUCGAAAAACCAGUUUUUGUGAAUUCCGAUUUUCUAAUGGCCUCCAGAUUGGACCAAAACGGAAAAGGAUGUCGAUUUGCAUUUCGCGGAUUUGUCCGAAAAAUUUUGGAACCAAAUGGAAAAUUGAUAAGAUUCACCAGGAAGCAUAGAACCGUACGUUUUCGCAAAAAUUAAUCCAGAUUUUUCUAGAAAAAUCCAGUUUUUCAGGGCUUCAUCGAUCGGCUCGAGCAGAAUUCCAACUCAGCAAUUUGUGCAGGAAUGUUCAAAGGCGAGACAAAUUUUUCGAUUUUUCAAAAUAUGCAAAUUUUGAUCGCUGAAAACCCCGAGAUUUCUGGGACAAUCGAAGGCGCUUUUGGAAAAUCCGGAAAAUUUCGGGUCAAUUUCAGAGACGGGUUUGAAAAAUUGCAGGAAAAGUGGAAAAUUCACUUAUUUCUGAAGAAAUAUCUGAAUGAUAAUUGA